GUUCUAUAAUUAAUUCUUAAUAUUAUAAUUAUCAUAUUUAUUUAAAACAUAUAAAAUAACUUAAUAAAUGAUGUUAAAAAAAAUUUUAGAAACUUAGAUUAUUUGUUCACAAAAGAUAUAUUUCGAAUUUCUCAUGGAUCAAAACAGUUUUACCGCUUGUACAUUGUCUUCUCAACGCAUUUUCUCUCCAUUGAGCCAUCCCUUAAAAACCUCAAGCUCUUGAGCACUGGCGAGAUCUUGAAAUGGAAAUAUGGCAACGAUUAUGACUAAGAAGAUUGCCACAAACAUUGGGAAUGCGGUGAAGAAAGCUGCGACCAAUGCCAACCCGAACCCUCACAUGGCAGCAGCCUCUCGUGCCAUUGCUGACCGCAUCCCGCUGGUCGAUUUUCUUGUCGAAAUUAGGGAUGCUCGGGCUCCGUCUUCAUCUGGGUAUGAGUUAUUAAGAAAGUUACCAUCUUCUGCUGCAAGGCCCACACGAAUCAUCGUAAUGAACAAGGCAGACCUUGCUGAUCCUUCCCAAUCGAAGGAGUGGAUGAGUCAGUUUGAGCAACAGAACUGCUUGUGUUAUUCUAUGAAUUCCCAUAACAAGGAAAAUGUUAAACAGUUUCUCAACUUUUUACAAGCCCAAGUCAGGGAAUUGCAAAGAGCUGAUCGUUCUAGUCAUACUACAACUGUAAUGUUGGUGGGCAUCCCUAAUGUGGGUAAGUCAGCUCUUGCCAGCUCUUUGCAUCAGAUUGGGAGGAUCAGUGCUGCAGAGAAAGGGAAGCUGAAGCAUGCAACUGUGAGUCCACACCCUGGUGAGACAAAAGAUAUCAGUAGCUUGAAGAUAGGGAGCCAUCCUAAUAUUUAUGUGCUGGAUACCCCUGGCAUUUUGCCUCUGAAAACACUUGAUGUUGAGGUCUGCUCUAAGCUAGCAUUAACAGGAGCAAUCAGUGAUAGUCUGGUUGAUGUAAAGGAACUGGCUGGUUAUUUUCUGGCUAUUCUUAACUCGGGUGAUAAGUACAAGAAAUGGGAAAAGUUGUGCAGCUAUGAUGAUGGAAAAGCAUUCAUGGAACAUAAAGCAGAGCAUUCAAGUGGCUCUGAACUAGUAGAGAAACCAAAAAGACAAUAUCCUACAGAUCACACCCAGGAUUUCAUUGUGCGUGAUGUUCGUCGGAGUCUUUUUGAGACCAUUUCAUAUUUUGAAGGCAAGCUGGAAGAUGAUCAGGAUUUGACGAAGCUUAUUAAGUCACAGUUCAUAGCCUUGAUGAAGCUUUUUCGUAUUGCUGGUGAAUUAGACGGAGAUGGUUUUAGUAAAGUUGCUUGUAAGUUACUGAAUCUGUAUCGAACUGGGAGGCUUGGACGUUAUACUUUAGACCCUGUUUCAAGGGACACCUGCCAUCUUUGUUAAGGCCGAACUUUAAAAGCAUAGUAGUAACGUUGACUGUUGGAGGAA